AUGAGUAGCGCCGAUGACAGCCAGGCAGCGGCGGGCGGCCGGGCUUCUCGCUCCGGCAGCGGCAGCGACAGCGGUGGCGGCUUCCGGAGUCCCGCCGCGAAGAUGCUCAAAGUCACGGUGCCCUCGUGCUCCGCCUCGUCCUGCUCUUCGGUCACCGCCAGUGUGGCCCCGGGGGCCGGGAGCCUCGUCCCGGAUUACUGGAUCGAAGGUUCCAAUAGAGAUGCUUUGAGCGAUUUCUUCGAGGUGGAGUCGGAGCUGGGACGGGGUGCUACAUCCAUUGUGUACAGAUGCAAACAGAAGGGGACCCAGAAGCCUUAUGCUCUCAAAGUGUUAAAGAAAACA